CAGAUGCUGCAUCUUCUCUGUUGGGCUUAUGAAGUCAUGAAGUUGUAGUUUUUGUAGUUCUAAUUCAAACAUUUUUUGCUAAUAUUUGUCCUCUCGCCUUUAAGCCAGGCAAAUCCAAUAAAGAAGAAGACAGUGACAACCUAAAGCCUUCUCAAGAUGGAAAAAGGGAACCUAGGAUUGGAGACAGCACCACCCUACCCCGGCCCACCCUACCCUGGCCCACCCAUGAGCUAUGGUGCAGGGCCCCAGCCUGGGUGGUACCCGUCCCCUAAUGCGGGACCCCCGAAUGUCACUUACCCAGCAGUUCCAACUUCCACAGUGACUCACGUGGUGAUAGCGCAAUCGCUGCGAGAUUGCCCAGGAGAAGCGCAGUGUCCCCGCUGCCAGCAGACGGUGAUCACCCAUAUAGAACUCAAAGCAGGCCUGAUGACCUGGGGCAUCUGUGGAGGCCUCGCCUUCUUCGGGUGUUUUCUCUGCUGCUGUAUACCAUUCUGUGUGGACUCCUGCAAGGAUGUGGAGCACCACUGUCCAAGCUGCCAUAACACCAUCUAUGUUUACAAGCGAUGUUGAUCGCACACAUUUUAGCAGUGACUCUUUCACAGCACUCAAAUGUUACCAAUGCUGAGAUGUUCCGUGAAGUAUGGCUUUGGCAUGGCAGAUCGUAUGAAUGCAUUAUAAAUCAGCCAGUGGUAGUCGUGAUUUAGUGCUAAAAUGCAAACCAAUUGGCAUGUUUUUCUUUGUAUCGUCCCUUAGGAUUCUAGCAACGUUAAAUGCAAAAACAACACAUAUGCUAAGCUUGCUUGCAAAUAUUUUUCCACAUGUAUUCGACUGUGUGUUGCAGAAAUACAAUUAAAAAAAAAACUUGUAAAGGUAA